GGCGCAGCGGGGACCCCCCGCCUGCCAGCCGGCCAGCCAGCCUGCGGAGACCCGGGUCCCGCGCCGGACCGGGGCUGGGGGCAGGCGGCCGGGGCGGACCUGGCGGCGCCCAGGGCGGCCCGGGCGUUGCGAUGAAGGCGCCGCGGCGCGCGUGAAGAGGAUGCGGCAGCAGGCGCCGCGGCGGGAGGAGGAGUAGGCGGUGGAGCCCCCGGGAGGGAGCCGCGCGCGGGCCAGACGGCUCCCGGAGGCUCCGCAGUGCCGCCGCCGUCGCCCCGGAGGCUCCGCGCGGAAGCCAUGUAACCCUGCGGCGGGCUCCGGGCUGCUCCGUCCUUCCCAGCUCCGGGCUAGCGCGCCAGCGGGGCCAAGAUGAAGAAGCAGUUCAACCGCAUGCGCCAGCUGGCCAACCAGACGGUGGGCAGGGCCGAAAAGACCGAAGUUCUGAGUGAAGAUCUUCUUCAGGUGGAGAAGCGGCUGGAGCUGGUGAAGCAGGUGUCCCACAGCACGCACAAGAAGCUCACGGCAUGUCUGCAGGGCCAGCAAGGGGCCGAGGCCGACAAGCGCUCCAAAAAGCUGCCUUUGACAACACUGGCUCAGUGUUUGAUGGAAGGGUCCACUAUCCUGGGAGAUGACACGCUUCUUGGGAAGAUGCUGAAACUCUGUGGCGAGACGGAGGACAGGCUGGCUCAGGAGCUGAUUCAUUUCGAACUGCAAGUCGAGCGAGAUGUGAUCGAGCCCCUGUUCUUGCUGGCCGAGGUGGAAAUCCCAAAUAUCCAAAAACAGAGGAAACAUUUAGCAAAGCUGGUGCUGGACAUGGACUCUUCUCGAACGAGGUGGCAGCAGACGUCCAAGUCUUCGAGUCUGUCCAGCAGCUUACAGCCUGCGGGUGCCAAAGCCGAUGCCCUCAGGGAGGAGAUGGAGGAGGCAGCCAACAGAGUGGAGAUUUGCAGGGACCAGCUCUCGGCAGACAUGUACAGUUUUGUGGCCAAAGAAAUUGACUAUGCAAACUACUUUCAAACGCUCAUAGAAGUGCAAGCCGAGUACCACAGGAAGUCGCUGACGCUCCUGCAGGCUGUGUUGCCUCAAAUAAAAGCACAACAGGAGGCCUGGGUGGAGAAGCCUUCCUUCGGGAAGCCCCUGGAGGAGCACCUCACGAUCAGCGGCCGGGAGAUCGCCUUCCCCAUCGAGGCGUGUGUGACGAUGCUGCUUGAAUGCGGGAUGCAGGAAGAGGGCCUCUUCCGAGUGGCCCCGUCGGCGUCCAAGCUGAAGAAGCUGAAGGCGGCGCUGGACUGCUGCGUGCUGGACGUGCAGGAGUACUCGGCAGACCCGCACGCCAUCGCAGGAGCUUUGAAAUCUUACCUCCGGGAGCUGCCAGAGCCUCUGAUGACCUUUGAACUCUAUGACGAGUGGAUCCAGGCUUCCAAUAUCCAGGAGCAGGACAAGAGGCUCCAAGCUCUGUGGAAUGCUUGUGAAAAAUUGCCCAGGGCCAAUCACAACAACAUCCGGUACUUGAUCAAAUUCUUAUCCAAGCUCUCAGAAUAUCAAGACAUCAACAAGAUGACGCCCAGUAACAUGGCCAUUGUGCUGGGACCCAACCUGCUGUGGCCACAGGCAGAAGGGAACAUCACCGAGAUGAUGACCACCGUGUCCCUGCAGAUCGUCGGCAUCGUCGAGCCCAUCAUCCAGCAUGCGGACUGGUUCUUCCCCGGGGAGAUAGAGUUCAACAUCACGGGCAAUUAUGGGAGUCCGGUGCACGUGAACCACAAUGCCAACUACAGCUCGAUGCCCUCCCCAGACAUGGACCCCGCCGACCGGCGCCAGCCGGAACAGGCCCGCCGGCCCCUCAGCGUUGCCACGGAUAAUAUGAUGCUGGAGUUUUACAAAAAGGAUGGGGCACCGGGGCCCGGGCGUGACCGGAGGCAUGAUCAGCCCCUUCCCUGCUGCGUAGACCCCGCAGAGGCUGAGCUCGGCCAGCAGCCUGGGGCUGGCGCGGGACCCUGGAGUCGGUCCCGUGCUCCAGACCCCGCCAGCAUGGGCGUGAGGGUCAUGGACACCUCGUGGGUGGCUCGAAGAGGCUCCUCGGCCGGCAGGAAGGCGUCCUGCGCCCCGCCCACCAUGCAGCCCCCCGCCCCGCCGCCCGCUGAGCUCGCCGCCCCCCUGCCGUCACCCCUCCCGGAGCAGCCCCCCGACGGCCCCCCUGUGCCCGCGCUCUCUCCAUCGGGCCUGGGCCUCCUGCCUGGGGCUGAGCGGACCAGCACUUCCAAAAGCAAGGAACUUUCUCCAGGAUCUGGGCAGAAAGGAAGCCCAGGUUCCAGCCAGGGGACACCCAGUGCUGGGGCGCAGCCGGGCACCAGCCCUAGUCCCAGCCAGCUGCCCGCGGACCAGAGCCCUCACACCCUCCGGAAAGUUUCCAAGAAGCUGGCACCCAUUCCCCCCAAGGUCCCCUUUGGCCAGCCGGGGCCCCUGCCUGAGCAGCCCGCCGGCCAGCCGUCCCCACUGAGCCUGUCCCCGACGCCCCCCAGCACGCCGUCACCCUACGGACUGAGCUACCCCCAGGGGUACUCCCUGGCCUCGGGCCAGCUCUCCCCCGCGGCCGCGGUGCCGGCCCUGGCCUCCCCCUCCGGCUUCACGAGCACUUUGAGCAAAUCGCGGCCCACCCCGAAGCCACGGCAAAGGCCCACGCUGCCGCCGCCCCAGCCUCCCACCGCCAGCUUCGCGGCCUCCAGCCCGCAGUCCGCGGAGCAUCCUGCACUGGACGGCGUGGCCCCCGGAGAGAGCAUGUCCACAGAUCUCGUCCACUUUGACGUCCCCGCCAUCCACGUAGAGCUGGGGCCGCCACUGCGCCCGGGUCCCCUGGAGCACGGACGGCGACACGCGGGGGCCGAGAAGAGGGACUCGGAGGAGGAAUCUGAGAGCACGGCCCUCUGACGGGCGCCGCGGGCUCCCGGCCGUCACUGCCAAGGCCAGGUUGGGGUCUGCAGGUGGCAGUGGGGCCGAGGGCGUCCCUUCCCUCCGGGCAGUGACUCUGGCCUUUCGUUUGAUCUUUGCCUUUUGACUUUGUGCCUAUUUCGAUGCACUUCCAGCCUCCACGCCCAUCGGCAGCCCUCGCCACGCACGGGCCGGUGUGUCGGAAACGACCCGCACGGGUGGGGUGCGGAGGGGCCGGUGGCCCGCAGCCCCGGGGCGCCCGCCUGCCCGCGCCGCCUGAGGGCAGAGGGGGGCUGGCCAGCGUGAACCAAAACCCUUGGGCGUGAAAGGAAACGGCUGAAAACAAGUUAUGUCUCACUUCCCAACAGUCGAAAUGCUCCCCACCGUGGACGGACGCCCCCUUUCCUCUCCCAUGUUUCUGACUUCAAAGGACGAUCCUGUGCGUCUGGAGGGCCCCAAGGGGGCUCCCCGGGCCCCCCUGCUGAGACCCCCCAGCCCCCCCACCCCGGAGGUCCCCGUGAAUAGCAAUAAAGUUACCCGAAGCGCAGAGAGGGAGGCCGAGCGGCCCUGGGCGCGGACAGCUCUGCUCACCCCGCACCUCGUCCCGUCCGCCCCGGGAGCCGUGGCCACUCGGGUGAAGGGAGCGGGAGCCGCGCCUCAUGCAUGCCAAGUCCAGCCUUCCAGGUCCAUCCCUCUACCAUAGACGUACCUACACAUGAUAUAAUAUUUGUAUAUAUGAAAUCUAUAUUUGUUUAAUUUGAACCACUCAGUCUCAACCACUGUACAGGUGUACAAUGAGAAAAAUUUAAAUGCGUAGUUAUUUUUCCCAACAAGGUACAAAACACCCCUCUUCCUGCAGGGGGCCUGCAGGUGUCUGAUGUGACGGCUUUGCUCGCUUCCCGGCGGGGCUGCUCAGUACCCAAUUCGCCAUGGAGCCCGGGGUCGAGAGCUACCUUUAAACACGUGUACAAACAGUUGUCCAAAGUAAUGUUAUUAAAAUAGAUUUAUUAUCCCUGA